AUGUCUGAAGGCCAGUUUGAAUCGCUGGAGACAACUCUGGAGACGUACAUUCCAAAAGCUGAGCUGAAAGAGGUCAAACGCAUCUUAUUUGGCAAGGACACCAAGAUGCUGGACCUCCCAUCAGGUGCUGUGGAGGCUGCACGGCACGGUGACUUUGAACUGAAAGGCUACAGCUUUCAGGCCACGGAGGAACAGCUGAGGCUGCCCAGAAGGAUCCGAGUGGGACUUGUGCAGCAUCACAUUGUUCUUCCCACAGACGCACCCAUCAUGGACCAGGUCAAUGCUCUGCACAACCGGGUCGGUCAAAUAGUGGAAGGAGCGGCCAUGUGUGGCGUGAACAUUAUCUGCUUUCAGGAAACGUGGACCAUGCCGUUUGCGUUCUGCACCCGUGAGAAAGAACCGUGGACGGAAUUUGCAGAGUCUGCCGAGAAUGGAAAUACCACACGCUUCUGCCAGGAGUUGGCCAAAAAGUACAAUAUGGUGAUUAUCUCUCCAAUUUUGGAGCGGGACGAGAUGCACGACAGUCUGUGGAACACGGCAGUGGUGAUCUCCAACUCUGGAAAUGUGCUGGGGAAGAGCAGGAAGAAUCAUAUUCCCAGAAUUGGAGACUUUAACGAGUCGACAUAUUAUAUGGAAGGUGACACUGGCCACACAGUAUUCCAGACACAAUUUGGGAAGAUAGCCGUCAAUAUCUGCUAUGGACGCCAUCACCCCCUUAACUGGUUCAUGUACAGUAUGAAUGGAGCUGAGAUCAUCUUUAACCCUUCUGCUACUGUUGGUGCCCUAAGUGAGCCUAUGUGGCCUAUAGAGGCCAGGAAUGCAGCCAUAGCGAACCACUGUUUCACCUGUGCAAUAAAUCGAGUUGGGACAGAGCAUUUCAAAAGUGAAUUUACAUCUGGUGAUGGACAAAAAGCUCACCAUGACUUUGGCCACUUCUACGGAUCCAGUUAUGUGGCUGCCCCCGAUGGAAGUCGCACCCCAGGGCUCUCCAGGACUCAUGAUGGACUACUGGUGGUAGAAAUGGACCUCAACCUGAACCGCCAAAUCAGUGACAAAUGGAGUUUCAAGAUAACUGGGCGGUACCCUGAGUAUGCUGAGGACCUUACCAAUGCUGUCAGACAUGACUUCAAGCCCCAAAUAGUGAAGGAAUAGAUACAAGCAAAAACUGAACCUCUUCAGAUGAAGUUCUUAACUGGUCUCACUUUAGCACCCACAUUUUCCCAUUGUCAUAAAGUUAAUGAGUCAAACCAAGCAUAGAAGAAACAGCGUUGAAAAACGUCAUUAGUUUUUACACAUUCUUGCAUGUGUAAUGAGCAUUUUCAAAGGACAUUAAGAAACUGAGGAAGACCAGCGUAUU